AUGACUUUCACCCCAAAACCUCAGUUCUUCCUGAUUAGGCCUGGCGCUGAGGAGAUCACGCCCACAGGACAAAUUGUUGCUCAGCCCGCAACUGCUGUGCCUCUCAUCCCUGCAGACCUUUUACCUGACUGGGUAGAAGUCGUUGGCGUUCCGCGAAGUCUAUCAGAAGAUGAGACCAAGGACAUUGGAAACCUGGGUGUCAUUCAUGCAGAGCAGUAUACCUACAAGCUCCGAUUUGAUCCCAUCACUGGAGAUGACGCUUGUGCCAGUGAUGAAGUGGAAGAAGAAAACCCUUGUGAAUCUGUGAUGCAGCCCAGUGCCAGUAUAUGGGGCCCAUCGAUUUCUCAUGAUACUUCUCGUGAAGAACAAAAUCCAGAGACCUUGACGUCUCUGCCAUCUCACACUUCAGCCCUUCAAGUCAAGCUUAAACCCGCUCAAGGGCUUUCGUCAAGUCGUCACAACCCGGAGAACCAGCAGCAGCAAAAAUCUAUUGUUGACAAGGAGCCAUCGCCACUUCAACCCAACACCACAUCGCCGUCAUCGGAACUCCCUUCACCAUGUCGACACUGGUGCCACCAUGGAGUCUGCAAAUGGGGUCUGGACUGUCACUACGAGCACACAAUGCCCACAACGUCAACUGGCCUUGCAGAAGUCGGCCUCUCGCAGUUCCCCGACUGGUGGCUCCAGGCGCGUGGUGUCAUGCCAAUGCCUCCAGAGAUGCUUCGUGCUGCGGAUGCAUCGAGUGCUCGUCGAAUGGACAGGAAGAUCAUGAGCUAUACCAAGAGGAAGCCUCGGUCCAGAGCUCGUGCGAAGCGUGUCGACGCAAGACCAGUAGACUUGGAUGAGGCGUCAGAGGUAGAAGCAGAGGAUGAGUAUGAAGAGGAGCCGGAGACCGAACAUGAAGUGGCGCAAGAGCCAAAGAGGGAAAGAGAGGGCGUUCUGAUUGAAUUCUGA